AUGCCACGGCCAAGUUUCUCUGUUAAGGAGGUGGUAUCCACCCGGUCCAUCAUUCGCACCACGGACCUAGAGAUCCUCCGUGGCAUCACGUUACGGGAGUCCCUCCACCGGGCGGGCGCCUUGUGGCGAACGAAUCCCAGGCAGCUGACGCCAAAGGCACAAGAAGAAUGCUACCAGCGAUCCAGGUAUGUCGAUCAUUUGGACAUCUUCAUCUCCCACACAUGGCAGUCCAGUGGCAUCUCUAAGACUUGGUCCCUUCUUUUGCAAAGUGGAUGGCAGAAUGCAGCCGGUGGCUGGCUCCUUGGUGUGGCGCUGGCCUUUGUGCUGUGUGCAACUGAGACCUUACCACUCCCCUUCAGCCUGGUAGUGCCUUUGGGGCAAUGGUCAGAACUGUGCCCUGUGGGCCCGUGGGCGAUGAUUUUCGGCUUUCUUGGCACCUGCCUGGGCCUUUUUCUCUCGCCUUAUUGCUCCUUCCGGUGCCAAAGGGCGGCGGACCUGUGCUUCAUCGACGCCGCCUGUAUUCACCAGACUGAUGCUGCCUUAAUGCACCGCGGCAUUCGGGGCAUCGGAUCCUUCCUAUUGGUGUCAAAGGAGUUACGGAUCUUGUGGAGCCCCGCUUACUUGCAGCGCCUGUGGUGUGUAUUUGAAUUGGCAACUUACAAGAAGAUGAACAUCUCUGGGAGGAUUUCUCUGGCGCCGCUGUUUGUGGAGAAGGCGGUGAUGAUGGGAUAUUUCGGUAUCCUCUGCCUGGCCGCAGCGCUUUUCAUACUCCGAGUGAAUCGCAGCAGGACCAUUUUCUCCGGCCUGCCGUUCCUUGGAACCGCGCCCUUUUCGGUUACAGUGCAUAUGCUUCGAAGAAACUACGAGUCGAAGCACCAACUUGAGUCGCAAUUUGCAGACUUUGAUUUGGAUUUUGUGCAAUGCUCCAAUGAAUCAGACCGACACUUUGUGCACGCAGCCAUCGUGGAAUUGUAUGGCAGCAAAGAAGCUUUUGCCGAGUUCGUUCGGGGACCGCUUCGACAAGAACUGCUGGAGCCGUUGAACGAGAACACCAUGCCAGCCUACUACACGCUGCUGCUUGUGAUUCCCAUGGUCUCCCUAGUUCUUGACACACUGAUUGGUGUUUGGAUGUGCGGCCCUCCCACUGAGUUAUUUUGGCUGUAUUUGGUGUCCAGGGCCAUCCUUUGCAUUCUUCACUUCCCGGCCUGCGCCGACUUGACCAUAUGGCUUUGCGAUCGCUAUGCGAAACCGUGGCAUCCUUCCCCCAUUUUGGAUUAUCUGCAGACCUUCAUUCUCUUCGCGGCCUUUAUGAUCCAUGCCGCUGGCGGUUUGAUGCUGACCUUGCGGGUUCACGGUAAAGGUAGUUGGUGGAUGCUGCUGGGUUGUUUUUUUCUGUUCAGCGGGGUCCGGGCUGCUUUGAAUUACAAAGGACUGAGUUGCCGGCGGUGA